GUGGCAAGGGUGUGUGGUCCGUGCAGCACACUACUAUCGUCUGGAAGAACAUGACGCAUAAUCAGGAGCGGACGCAAUGGUGGAAGGAAGGCCUUAUAGUGCAGAUUUGUUGACUCAAGAUAGCUAAACCGAGAAGCCAACCAUCUACGAGAUAGUGAAGGGCUGGGUGUGGGUGUUCUGUAUGGCACGACCAGCGUCGCAGUGGGGCACCCUAUAGACACCAUCAAGACCAAGAUGCAGGCACAGAGAGGCUUCGAGUCAGGCGGAAUGAUCAAAACCUUUGCCACUACUCUCCAAAAACAGGGAGUCCGCGGCCUAUAUAGAGGGGCUCUUCCUCCUUUACUUGGCUCUGGGAUAUUUCGCUCCACACAGUUUGCCGUCUUUGAAGCUGCCUACACCUUCUUCGACAACCGCUUCGGUCGCUACGAGAUACCACUUUCGGGAGGGAUACAGACGAGAGUGGUCCUGGGUGGAAUUUUUGCGUCCUCUGCGAGAGCUGUGAUAGAGACACCACUGGAGUACAUCAAGGUGAGUGGUCAGACCCAACAGAGCUGGAGACUACGGCACGUCUAUACCGGAUUUGGAGUGACUUGGUGCAGAACCAUUGGACUCAUGUGUACGUAUUUCAUUCUGGUCGACUCUGGGAGGAGACACACCCCUGAGCUUUUUGCCUCGCCUAUACUCGGACCUUUUCUGAUGUCCGGGGUGGCUGCAACUCUUGGCUGGUGGGUGGUGUGGCCACUAGAGUACAUGAAAUCUCAAGUCCAGGGAAGGUACGGAGAGAGGGAACCAGUGCUAAGGAGAAUGAGAAGAAUUGUGAGAGAAAAGGGCGGUUUCUUGGCUCUCUACAGAGGAAUAGGGCCAGGGACUCUGAGGAGUUUCAUAGCAAAUGGAACCAGCAUGAUUGUCAUGCAGCAAGCUCAGAGGAAGGUGACUGCAUGGGGUCUUAGGGACUAGCACACACAUUCUUAGUUAAGUUUGUUGUUAUACAUAGCUCUGUGUUUAUUAGCUAUGAAAUAUUUAGACCAACGCUCAAUUUUCACGGCAAUCACUAUUUGACACAUUGUUUGCCCUCGCUAUUUGCAAUUGACAUUAUGUGAUUCAGUCAUAAUCUCGUGUGUGAGUUUCUAGCUGAGUUCAGAGUUGGACAUGAGUAUUUCCGGUCUGGCAGGAAAAACCGGUUCAGACCGUCUGUUGGCAAGUAGACCAGUGAGCGGGUCUGCAAAGUCGUGUAGCUCUGGAAAAGUGACUGGAGAUGUCUGUGUGCAACCGAGGGAGGGCCAGAGAAGGAAACGUGUGUCGAGAGUGGAUCUCUUGGGAGGACUGAGGGAAGAGAGGGAGGAGAGAGGGGUGGUGGACGAGAGACCUCCAACGUCAGGUCCCGAGAUGAGAACUUCUGGUUCAAGAGGAACAGCGAUGUCUAGUUCACUGCAGUGGUCGACUUGAGUGCAGCUCAUGACUGGAUCACACGAUGGGAAACUCUGCAUACUGGAAUACUGUGGACUGGAGUCACUCAAGAGUAGUUGUUCUGAUGAUUCCAAUAGAUGCCCACCCAUCAUCGGGAGGUGGAAUAGUUUGACGUACGAGGAAUGAGAAGUUGUGUUUGUAUACAGAGUAUUGCUGCUGCGGGCAAGUUUGGCAGGAGACGCAACUUCAGACAAAGGUUUGCAGGAGUAGGUAUGGUCUGGGGUAAUCACGUGACUAAUCACGUGACUGCUCCCAGUGGACUGAUUGGAUAAGAGUUCACCUUUAGCAGGGCACCUGUCAUCAUCACUGGAACUAUUCUCCACUCCACGAGGAUCUGCUGGACUCAGCAACACCGAGUCAGAAUGUCUGACAUGGGAGACUAGGGAAGACCCUACUGGUGCCUGUCUUGCCAGAAGCUCUGCAGUCUCUCCUGUCAGUCUCGGCUCACCAACACCGUUCCUCGCCUUCCACCCUCUCAGCCACGAGGGAGAAGCCUUGAAUUCUCCCAGGCCCAAGACUCUUGCUCCCUCCACUGCCCUCUGUCUCAGUUCUGUGUCCUCCACAUCCGCUCCGCCUCUCCUCCUCUCCAGCAGGUAGCCCAGGACCAGUCUGUCCAGUUCCUCCGACAGAGGACCCCGCCCUCCGUGCAGCUUGCGGGUCUGCGGUCCCUGCCUGACUCUGGCCGAGCCAAGGUUGCCGCUCUCUCGUACCCACUGCCUGAUGCACUUGCGGUCCACUCCGAACGUCUUGGAGGCCUCGCGGAGGCUUCGCCCCCCGCUCUUUACCCACUCGACCACGCACAGCUUGAAAUCCACGGUGUACGAAGCUC